AUUCUUCGUUGGGCCCAGACCUUCGGCGCGUCACUCCUAGAGGAACUUCAUUUCUAGAGGAGAUUUCACUCCUACAGGAAAUUCACUUCUAGAGGAAGUUCCCUUCUAGAGGACACUUCGCUUCUAGAGAAAACUUCACUUCUAGCGGAGACUUCGCUGAACUCUUCUUCAAGAUGUUGACUUCGAGGAUUUUACGCGUCGCUCGCUGUUCCUCUUCUCUGGUGGCGAGGGUCGCCCCCAAGGACGCCACCGGAGCGCAGCGCCCUGCCGGAGGGCCAAGAGCCCCGUGCGUCCGGCCCUUCGCCACCUCGCUCUCGCGGUCUGGCGAGGCACAGGUCUCCAAGCCAUUUUCCACUCCCCCCAGCGAAGUAACGGACGCGAGGAUGGCGCUGAAGACGGUGACGGUGGAGUUCGGCGACGAGAGCCAGAGCGCCUACCCUCACGUGUGGCUCAGAGAGAACUGCCAGUGCCACGAGUGCUUCAACCAUGACGCCAUCGCCAGGACGUUCCUCCUCGAGGACUUGGACCUCGAUAUGAGACCGAAGAACGUGAGGGUGGAGGACGGCUGCCUGCGGGUGGAGUGGGAGGACGGCCACAUCGGCGUGUUCUCGGGCCCUUGGCUCCACCAGCGCGCCUUCACGCAGGAGGCCAGAGCUAAACACCGCGCGCAGUACAUGCUUUCGAGGGUUCGCUGGGGCCCUGGCUUCCAAGUGCCACUCAUUGACUACCAGAGUGCCAUGGAGGACGACCGGGUGCUCCUCGACUGGCUCACCCUUCUGGAGAGGUUUGGAGUCGUCCUUAUCACCAACGCGCCUCAGAAAGUGGGUGCCAUCAACGACUUCAUCAACAACAUUGGCUUCGUGAAACCGACGCAUUAUGGGACGGAUUACGAGCUCGUGACGCACGUAACACCGAAUAACUUGGCUUAUACGGGAUCCAAACUCGGCCUCCACACGGAUCUCCCUUACUACGAAUACCCACCCGGGACGACCUGGCUCCACUGCCUGCGCCAACACGAGGGCAAAGGAGGAGACAAUGACCUCGUAGAUGGCCUGAAUGUUGCUGAUGUCCUUCGCGAGAGACACCCUGACCUCUUCCAAGUACUGGUCGACACCCCCGUCUAUUUUCAGGAUAAGGGCUUCCAUCAGUAUGACUUCGAUAAGAUCACGAGAGUGCCUGUUAUCAUGUUAGACGAACGCGGACACGUGCGUCGGAUUCACAUGUCCUCGCAGUCACGUGACCCCAUCAUGGACCUGGACACAGACGGCGUCCUGCAGUUCUACAAGGCUCUUAAGACCUUCAACAGCAUCCUUAUGGAGAUCAGUAUCUGUGUCAAGACCAAACCGGGCGACAUCCUCGUGCUGGACAACACCCGGGUCCUCCACGGUCGCCAGGCCUUCGAACCGGACGCGUCUUCGGGUCCCCGGCACAUCCACAACGCCUACAUUGACUGGGAUGAGCUGAGGUCGAAAAGAAGGGUUCUCCAGCGAAAGUUCAAUGUGAACCUCGCUUAAUGGGGGUGUCUCUUGAGUGAAUGAAUUUCAUUUUUUUACUUAUUAUUAUUAUUUUUUAAUGUUUCGGUAUAUAUAUUUUUGAGUGUUCUCUGAAUGGGUGAAUUUCCUUUUUUUUUCUUUUUUAUUAUUAUUAUUAUUAUCAUUUUUUUUUUUAUAUUUUGGCAUAUUUGAGAGUUUUUUUUUUUCUUUUCUUAUCUUGUUUUUUGUUCAUGAAAUGUUUUUUUAGUGUUAUUUGACUUGAGUUUUUUAUUAUCAUAGCUAAUUUCUUAUAUAUUUUUUUUAUGAAUAGCUGUAGGAAGUAGUAUUAUAGCGUGAUUUGCGGAUGUUUAUAGUACCUUUUUCAUAAGGAGACUGUGAUUUGUAUUAUAACACAUGUGUGACGUUUUGAGGUGUGUAACAUGCAGCUGUGUAUCAAGAUUGGUUAUCAUGUGAGAGAAAAUAACAGACGAGAAUAUCA